GGGGGGCACCGCAAACACAAGUCUAUGAAAAAGGCUCCCAUUUCAACCGCUAAUGCAUAGGAAAUAUCCCGACCCGGGCAUCCGUGGCAGCGAUACCCGACCGAGACGCUUCCUCGCGCAGGGCAAACAGCCUCCAAGGCCCUUUUGGCAGCCGCCACCCAAACCCCCCCCACCCCACUCAGCCUCGCACGGGUGGACGCAAAAUUAACGAUGAAUAAAAUAACGCUUCAGUGGUCCAUGUUUAAUAGAGUCGAGCGACGUUGGUAAACACCGUCGUGGUGCGCGCCUAAGUGACCUGGCGCCGUGGUUCUGCUGCUGAGUGGGGAGGGCUCGGGAUCGUGCGGAGCGCCGUUCGUGCGCUGCGUGGCGGCGUCUCUCUCUCGUGGCCGUCGUUCGCGUAUAAAAGGGCCCUGUCCGGGUGCUGAUGGGGAGCAGACUGCAAGGAGCGCAGGACCGCGGACCGCUCACUUCCUCGCCACUACUCCCAACAUACACCGAAGGAUGCUGGUCCGCUGCUCCAUGGUGGUGCUGCUGGUGGUGUGCACGGUGCUGUACGCCAGCGCUCUGGCCACCGCCAUGCCCCCCAAGCCCGACAACCCCUCCCCGGAUGCCUCCCCCGAGGAGCUGUCCAAGUACAUGCUGGCUGUGCGCAACUACAUCAACCUCAUCACCCGCCAGAGGUAUGGAAAGCGAACUGUGGCAGAGCCUUUGCUGCCCGCUUGGCUCUUUGAAGACGCAGCCGAGGACAGACUUGCAUACAGUUAAACAAGAUGACAUUCGCAGGGUCUGGUGAGAAGGCACUCUCCUGCAAGAGGACACACCUUUCGAAGACUUCAGACGCCCGGAAACAGCCCCAUACAUGACUCUCUCACACACACCCACACACGGGCACACUUUUGGAUAUAGUUAUUUGUUAGCAGCUUAUAUGUUAAUCUGUUUCAAAUUUCAUAUCAGGCUUAACUGUGUUAAUAAAUGCUUUUGGAAAAUCUCAUUGCACUACAUCGAAGACAAUGCUUGCCUUUUAGCGCAAGUCUGCUAAGCAUGCAAACACAAUAACACGCAUGCAUAGGUAAGCAUGCAAACACAAUAACACGCAUGCAUAGGUAAGCAUUAACAUAUUUAGUGUAUUUCUGUCAUCAUGAUCGGAUAAUCCUGAGCGAGAUGCAUUUCAGAUCUAUAUUCUACAAAUCGCAAUAACAUCACCUAACGCCAUGUGUUCGGAGACAGUCUGGCCAAUUUGAGCAUGAAUCAUGAACAAUCAUCACCAGGUCUAUUCGUUGUUUGUCACCAUCAAACUAUGGACCGUAUAGUAAAAACCACUGACCUGGAGGAAUAGCAACACUACACGAACUCUCUCUCUCUCUCCUGAAGCCCAUUGCGUGGCUACAUUGGCAUUUAACUCCUGGACAUAUUGCUGACAUGGGCAAGGACAUACUAGAGUUGAUAGGUAAUGGUGUGCUGUGCUGUUUAAAAUGUACACAUUAGCUGUGCUUUUACACACACACAGUGCAACACACAAGACAACGCCUCGAUUCGCAAUGCAUCAACUCCCAUCUCGGUCCGUAUCUCUACCCCUUGCCGCUGACGAUUGUCUUUUAAUGUAUUGAAUCUUUACUUUAACAUAAUCUAUACUUUAACAUAAUCUGUAUAAUAAUACCUAGAAGUUACAGUUCUCGUGCACAUGAAUGUCCUAUGUCUCCUGAAAAAUGUGACGUUGGUUUAAUUGCCUGAGCUGUGAUGGGACCACACUGGAUGGAAUUGUUUAAUCUUGCCUGGUGUCAGACAUUGUUCAUUGUUUCACAGUCAAUACCCUCCAAAGAUUUUGCAAUACACGCCUGUUUAAAGUCUGGCCUCUGCUUUGUUUAAACAUGUGUAAUAAAAAAACGUACAAGCUCACGACAA